AUGAAAGUGUCAUCAACUGGAAGCAAUCGUCUUCGAUCCUGUGUAGCUGGCAUAGAUGGAAUCGGUACCGGUCUGAAAAAGUCCGUUUAUUGGUUUCUUAUCCGUCUACCGGGAGAACGACAUGGUUUGUUUAUUCUACAUCGAGCAGCUUGUAAAAUUAAUUCAUAUGAUAAUUUUCUUUCAUGGCUGUACGAAUUUUUUUCUCUACUACGUGUCGAAGCCAUGUCUAAAUCGUUAUCUUGGCACGCACUUGAAUCCGAUCCUGAUCUAUGGCGUGUGUACAUGGAAAAACUAGGUGCUGAUGGUAAUUCAUUUGAGUUCAUCGAAAUCUACUCACUGGAUGAGGAUUAUCCACCUGAAGAGAAUAUCUAUGCUUUCAUUUUUCUGUAUCCAGACAAUGGUUCAACACCUAUUUCAAACGUAUCUUCGCAAGACGUGCACGAUAAUCUUUGGACUAUCAAACAGAUUGAUGAAUUGGAUAGUUGCUGUUGCCUUAUUGCACUACUUCAUGCAAUUGGUAACAAUUUGGACAACAUCGUAUUGAAAGCAGAUUCGCCAUUAGCGAUGUUUUUCGAAAAAACUAAGAAUAUGACUGCCGAUGAACGGGCUGUUGUGCUCUUGAAUGAUCAGAAAAUUCAUCAAGCUCAUGAAGAAACAGCCGAACAAGGUCAAACAGCAAUGGUUGACAGUGAAAGAGUCGGUUAUCAUUACAUAGCUUAUAUUGUCUCGAAGAAUAACAAUCUAUAUGCAUUGAAUGGUAGUACGAGAGGACCACAAGCCAAAUUCAUCAGGGAGUUGGACAAAGAGAGUUUCUAUUCGUAUGUCACUCGAGAAAUAAAACAAAGAAUACAUGAACUCAAUGGCGAUAUACGAUUUAAUUUGAUUGGCUUAGCAAGAAAAUAA